AAUAGUAUAACGCCCAUUUCCUCUCUCUCUCUCUCUCUUCUCCAUCUGGUUCCGAUUUGCGAUUCAGUAAUCGCCAUUGGCAUGCACCUGCUUCGAUCUCGUUGGUCCAUUUCUUCUCCUUCUUUAGAGCCACAGAUCCUUCAUUGCUUCAGGCCGUCAUUUCAUAUUUUACUACUUUACUCCGCCAUCACUCAUUUCUCGUGACUUCAAUCAAUACAAGACGAGAAGAUGGAUCAGUUAUAAUAUAGACUUUAUAUUGUUAAGAAGAUCGUCAUGCUUGGAUCUGGAAGGAGACACGAGAUUGAAUCAGUUGUAAGGAAGGAAGACUUUCCUGUAAAUGAUUUGAGAGAUCGACUUAAGUCUUCACGUGAAAGCCGAUUCGAUCUCCUGACUAACCAGCUUGGGCUUGAGCCAACUCAGAGGAAAUUCAGCACUGAGAACCUUAUCAAUGGCUUCAAAGAAUUCUCCAAAUCUCUCCUCAUCCUUCCUGACAGCAGGUGGUAUCAUUUGUGGACCUACUUCAUACUUUUAUGGGCAAUUUACUCGUCUUUCUUCACGCCCAUGGAGUUUGCAUUCUUCAGGGGACUGCCUAGGAAGAUCUUCAUCCUGGAUAUUGUUGGACAAAUUGUUUUCCUGUUUGACAUUAUCCUACAAUUCUUUGUUGCUUAUAGAGAUAGUCACACUUACAAGUUAGUCUGUCGGCGAACACCAAUCGCUCUUCGGUACCUGAAAUCUCAUUUCAUCUUUGAUCUUCUGGGGUGCAUGCCUUGGGAUAUUAUCUAUAAGGUUUGUGGAGAAAAAGAGGAAGUAAGAUAUCUCCUAUUGAUCAGAUUGAGUCGAGUUCGCAAAGUCAUAGAUUUCUUUCAAGAGAUGGAGAAGGAUAUAAGGAUUAAAUAUCUUUUUACUCGGAUUAUAAAGCUCAUUGCUGUUGAGCUCUACUGUACCCAUACAGCAGCUUGUAUCUUUUACUAUUUGGCUACCACUUUACCUAAGGAAAGAGAAGGCUAUACAUGGAUUGGAAGUUUAAAAAUGGGUGAUUACAGCUAUGCAAACUUCAGAGAGAUUGACCUGGGGACACGAUACAUAACAUCUCUAUACUUUGCCAUUGUCACCAUGGCAACUGUUGGUUAUGGCGAAAUACAUGCAGUCAACUUGAGGGAAAUGAUAUUUGUAAUGAUCUAUGUGUCUCUUGACAUGGUUCUUGGUGCCUAUUUGAUCGGUAACAUGACAGCAUUGAUUGUUAAAGGAUCAAAGACAGUGAGGUUCAGGGAUAAGAUGACAGAUCUGACCAAAUACAUGAACCGGAACAGACUGGAUAGAGAUAUUCGUAAUCAGAUCAAAAGUCACUUGAGAUUACAGUAUGAAAGCAGCUAUACUGAAGCUUCUGUUCUUCAGGACAUGCCUAUCUCUAUUCGUGUUAAGAUUUCUCAAUCUUUAUAUAAAUCUUACAUUGAAAAUAUUCCUCUUUUCAAAGGAUGCUCACCCGAAUUCAUCAGUCAGAUAGUAAUUAGAGUUCAUGAGGAGUUUUUUUUGCCAGGAGAAGUGAUCGUGGAACAGGGACAUACUGUUGAUCAAAUUUAUUUUGUGUGUGAUGGUACAUUGGAGGAAUUGGAGAUAGAUACUGAUGGAACAGAAGAGACAAUCUCUACUCUAGAAACCUAUAGUUCGUUUGGUGAAAUUUCUAUUCUCUGCAACAUUCCUCAACCUUAUACAGUUAGGGUUUGUGAGCUAUGUAGACUUUUACGUGUUGACAAACAAUCCUUUGCCAAUAUUCUUGAAAUGUUUUUCCAUGAUGGGAGAAGAGUGUUCAACAAUCUUCUAGAGGGUAAAGAAUCAAAUCUCCGUGUAAAGCAACUGGAAUCUGACAUCAAUAUUCACAUUGGCAAACAAGAAGCUGAACUUGCUCUGAGAUUUAACACUGCAGCUUAUUAUGGAGACCUACCUCAGAUCAAGGAAUUGAUCCGUGUAGGUGCCGAUCCAGACAAGUCAGAUUAUGAUGGACGUUCGCCAUUGCAUCUUGCUGCAUCAAGAGGCUAUGAAGAUGUGGUUAUGUUUCUGAUCCAAUCAGGCGUAGACAUCAAUGCAAAAGAUAAAUUUGGAAACACACCAUUGCUGGAAGCAGUGAAGAAUGGACACGAUAGAAUUGCGUCAUUACUUCGUUAUGAAGGAGGGGCGUCGUUGAAAGUUGAUGAUGCGGGUGGUUUAUUAUGUACAUCAGUGGUAAGAGGCGACGCUGAUCUUCUGAAGAGAUUGUUGGCAAAUGGUCUGAAUCCAGAUUCAAGUGAUUAUGACAAUCGAACUCCACUUCAUAUUGCUUCCUCUCAAGGAUUAUAUUUCAUGGCAAAGUUGCUUUUAGAAUCUGGAGCCAGUGUCUUUAUAAAGGACAGAUGGGGGAAUACUCCAGUUGAUGAAGCAGAAACAUGUGGAAACAAGAGCAUGGUGAAGCUCCUGAACGAUGCGAAACAAAACCAGUUUUCUGAAUUUCCUGAGGGAACUAUUACAGAUAGUUGUAAAGUGAUGGGGAAAAGGAAAUGUACUGUGUUUCCUUUCCAUCCAUGGGAGUCGAGUGAUACAAGAAAACAUGGGAUCGUGUUAUGGAUACCGAAAACUAUUGAGGAGCUGGUCAAGACAGCGGCUGAGCAUCUAGAAUUGCAUGAAGGUGUAAUUUUAUUAUCAGAAGAAGGUGGUAAAAUUAUUGAUGUGGAUAUGAUAAACGAUCACCAGAAGCUGUACUUAAUCACUCAAACACAAACACAUUCUCAUUGAUAUGUUUUUCACAUCACAAUGGGAUUCAAAACUUUAUUGUGAAAUGUUAAUAUCCUAACUAUUAAACCAUUUAUAACCGUUGCUCACCAUGCAUGGAUUUAGUGACUUGG